CAAUGUUCACCUCCAUCAGGCGAGAUCACCUUCAUCAAGUCCUGCACACCUUGGCUCACCUCAGCCUCCUAUUUCUGCACAGCGCAGAAGGAAGCGUGCGCGAGGCUCUGUUGGAAAAGUACAGUUGCACCACGCCCAGUGCCCUAACCAACAGCUCGCUCAUCUUCACAUCUGUAACGACCAACACCGAGUGUGGCGUCAAAUGUGUCGACUCGUGCGUGGCCGUCGUGAUAAAGGAGGACAGCUCAUCCGGUGUGGGUGGCAAACAGUGCGCGGUCCUCAGCUCCUUACAACAGAUUCCGUCUCACUCCAAGGCGGCCUGCGCCAUCACAGGGAACUCCGUGGUCGUCUACAAGAACAGUCUAGUGCAGACAAGCUCUCUGUGCAAUGCCACAAUCUCGGUGUUUGGACGGGAGCUGUGCCUUCACACCAAGGGAGACAGCACCAACUCCUACACCCAGGCCGUGCACGUAUGUGAGCACAUGGGGGGACAGCUGCCCGAGGCGCUCACCGGGAACCACACGGCCGCCAUCACUGCUCUCUUCCCGGACC